UUAAUUCAGUUUGGUUCCGGACGCCGUUCCGCGCUGGCUGAGAAAAUGGCCUUGCGGACGGUCACCUUGUUUGUCUUUGUAGGGAUUUUCGUCUGCUGCGCCUCAGGAACCAAGUUGCAUAAUUUGCCUUGUUGUCCGGUGGACGAAACCAUAUGUCACGAUUGUACAUCAUCAUUAAAAUGCUACUGCACUUCAUCUCGGAAGGACACCAAUCUCGCUUGUAACAACGGAAAUUUGAAUCUGUACGACGGCAGGAGUGGCAGAUUGAUUUGCCCAAGAGAGAUAUUACCAGAGUGCAAUGGAACGUGCGCAAAAAAUAUAACUCUUGGUGACUGCGGCUGCCCAGAUUGCGUCGCUGCGAUCAGGAAGAAAACUUGCCAAUCUUUUCUGCCAGGACAUCUGGAACCAGCAAUCUCAGGUCGCAGGGGGCCAAAAGACUGCCCAUCCGACCUGAGCAAAUGCCACAGUUGCACAAAUCACCUUGACUGUUUCUGCCCUGCACUUAAUCAAACCAUCAAAAUCGUCUGCAGCUCCUACGGCAACUUCCUCGACCUCUUCAACCCCCAAAGUGGCCUCCCUCACUGUCCACCUGUGAGUCUUGGGUCCACAAACUGCUCCUCCUCGCCCAGUGAUGGCAAACGAGCUUGGUGCCGAAGCCCUGGAUUUUCACCUGAGACAACAACAACUACGACGACGACGUUCUCCACCACCACCACUAAACAAAUCUUUACAGAGGUUGAAACAUCACCGACGACCAAAUGCACCAUUCAAGCCUCAUCUCGGCCAACAACGACAGCAACAACAACAUCGACCAAACCCACUACUCAUCUUGAUUCUUCUACUUCUAGCAGCACUUCUCGUUUCACUGACAAGCAAGUUGAUCCUUCGGACAAAAGUGACAACACGUUGGUGAUUGGUGGCGGCGCCGGUUUGUUGGUGUUGUUGGCGUUGGUUGGCGUCGGCGUCGGUUGUUGGCUGCGCAGACGUCGAGGGUCUGCUGAGGUCGAGUACGCGGAGGAGAACGAGAUGUACGGCGAGUUGCCCAGCAUCCCGAGGACGGCGGCGCCACCACCCGACGACGCCCAAGAAGUCGAGAACGACAUGUACGGCGUCGUGCCGGCGGCCUUCGAGGAGGACAACGAACUCUACGGCACCUUCGCGUGAAAUCAUGAAAGAAACUCUUCAAUUCUGAAAGUUAGGCAACCGGCUGGACACGAGUGUUGUGCGGUUCAGCGUUCCCAGUUUGCAAAAAAAAUAUUCUUGAACUGAAUAAUUUUCAUUUUAAGAAAAAUUUAAAUAUUUUAAUACUUUUAGCUAAUUUUUCUUAUUAAUUGAUAAGAUUGUUAAAUACAAUUUGAUUCUUCUACUUGAAGUUAAAGCAAUAAUUGCCGCUAUUUGUGUAAAUUUUUUUCUUUUGCGAGUUUUUCUUUAUUCGUUGAUUAUGGACAAGAGUGUGAUGAAUGAAAAACAGCAGCUCUGCAGUCUGCAGGCUCAAAAAUGAUCGAGCUAUUUUAAUGUUCCGGAAUUGAUAGCGAGAGAAAAACGUCAAUGAAGUGACUCAGUGCUGUUUAAAAUAAUUACAUGACUCAUGAUAUUAUAUUAUGCAUCCGCUUUGAUAAAUAAUGCGCCAUGUUGUACCAUAUUUGUUCUCUUUUCUGAUAUCUCGCACAACCGCUAUUUAAAUUUAUGCAAUAC